AUGGCGAAGCUCCGGGUGGCUUACGAGUACACGGAAGCCGAGGACAAGAGCAUCCGGCUCGGCUUGUUCCUCAUCAUCUCGGGCGUCGUGUCGCUCUUCAUCUUCGGCUUCUGCUGGCUCAGCCCCGCGCUGCAGGACCUGCAAGCCACGGCGGCCAACUGCACGGUGCUGUCGGUGCAGCAGCUGGGCGAGCUGUUCGAGUGCACCUUCACCUGUGGCGCCGACUGCAGGGGCACCGCGCAGUACCCCUGCGUGCAGGUCUACGUGAACAACUCCGAGUCCAACGCCCGCGCGCUGCUGCACAGCGACGAGCACCAGCUCCUGGCCAACCCCAAGUGCUCCUAUAUCCCUCCCUGUAAGAGAGAAAAUCAGAAGAACUUGGAAAGUGUCAUGAAUUGGCAACAGUACUGGAAAGACGAGAUUGGUUCCCAGCCAUUCACUUGCUAUUUUAAUCAAUUUCAAAGACCAGACGACGUGCUCCUGCAUCGCACACAUGAUGAGAUUGUCCUCCUGCAUUGCUUCCUCUGGCCCCUGGUGACAUUUGUGGUGGGCGUUCUCAUUGUGGCCCUGACCAUCUGUGCCAAGAGCCUGGCUGUGAAGGCAGAAGCCUUGAAGAAGCGCAAGUUCUCUUAG